AUGUCCAAGCUGAUUACUGUCUUCGGUGCCACUGGCAAUCAGGGCGGCUCCGUGAUUAACCAUAUUUUGGCUGAUUCUCAGCUCUCCAGAGAGUUCAAGAUUCGAGGCAUCACUCGUGAUACCACCAAGCCCGCCGCCCAGGAGCUGCAAAGGCGUGGAGUGGAAGUCGUUACAGCUAACCUGAACUCCGUCGAAUCCCUCCGCACAGCUCUUAACGGAUCCCAUACUAUCUUCCUAGUAACUAACUACUGGGAAUACGUCGACAAGGACACCGAAAUCAGCCAGGGCAAGAACGUCGCCGAUGUAGCCAAAGAGCUCGGCGCCCAGCACCUGAUCUUCUCUUCUCUUGUUCACGUUACCGACUCCACCGGUGGGCGACUCAGCCAUGUACCCCAUUUCGAUGGCAAGGCUGAAAUAGAAAGAUAUAUCCGUGCUUCGGGUGUUCCCUGCACUUUCGUUCUUGCGGGUUACUUCAUGCUCAAUUACCUGCAAAUGCUGAAAAAGGGCGAUGAUGGCACGUAUCAGCUUUUCUACCCUGUCGAUGGUGCUAAGGCUAAGUUUCCUCUGUUUGAUGCCGCGAGUGAUACCGGGCUUUUCGUCAAAGCCGUCAUUAAACAUGCUUCUGAACUGAACGGGAAGCAAGUUCUCGAAGCCGCCGGCUACUAUACCGCCGAAGAGAUUGUGACAAUCUUUACUGAGGUAACAGGAAAGCAGGCUGUCUUUGUGUCGGUAUCCGCCGAUCAAUAUAAAGCGGUUCUCCCGCCACCCGUGGCUCAGGAGUUCCUCGAGAAUCAUCUACUGAUUGAGUCGCCUGGGUAUUUUCUCGGGCAAACCUUGGAUGAGAGCUUGAAGUUGCUUGACGCUAAACCAACGUCUUUCGCCGAUUUUGUUAAGAAAAAUGUGGAUGCUUGGCAGUAGAUAUUUCGCUGGGAAAGAUUUUCGGUACCAUUAAGUGGAUAAUUCUUAUAGCUCCUAUAGCUAGGUUUCAGGAAAUCCAUGUUGCUCUAUUCUUUCCUACUCCUAUCUAAGUGGUUGCACUUGGCUUGAGAUAUUGAAGCCUUCGGAAUUAUGAAAGUUCAACACAAAUGAUUGAUUCGUGUAUUCAUUUAUAGUAUGACUGCCGCUAACACCCAGCCGCUGUCAUUACGGCUAUCUA